GUGUGCUGUGUGACCAGGCGCGGCUGAACAUCACACAGAGCAUGGACUUUGCCACCUACACGUCCGAGGACUCGGAGAAUCUGCGCAUUGGGCUGCUGACUGUGUUGGGUGUCACCAAUGCCACGGAGUCUGUCUAUGUGUACAAGUUCUACCCGGGCAGUACCAUUGUGGAUGUGUCCAUCCAGGAAGAUCAGGUAGGGAUAGGUCAG